AAAAAAUAACUAAAGAAACGAAUCAAAACAAACUAGUGGCGUAGCAAUGUACCACGUUGUGCCUGUAUUUUAACCAGGCUGCGCUGCUCCUCUCCACUCAGCUCAAGCAGGCGGAGCACAAAUACCCACCGCGCUCACAUCACCAGCUAUUUCACAGGGUUUUCUUUUUCUUCCCGAAAACAAAUCCGUUUUGAAAUGAUUUCUACGAAAUAAAUAUUUGUAAAAACCCACUAUUUGUGCUUCCCAGCCCUAUGACCAGCUUGCAACCAAAGCGGACAGGAGACCGAUAAAAGCUAUAAUGAGAUCAUGUUCUGCUUGAUCUUUGACGCCUAACGUAAAACCAGCCACAACUGGUCAUGAGACCAAAAGUUUCAUCACUGCGUGUUUAUGACAUCACCUACACGAAACUCAAAACCUCGACACAAACCAAACAGUGCUUAGGGAGAUCUGAGUGACUCAAAAAUGGGUUAAUUCUAACUUGUCAAUGCAUAACGAAAGAAUUACUACAAGAAAGACAUUCUUUUACAACUAAUAAAGUGACAUUUGUGACAAUACUUUUCAGUUUUUAGUAACUAUCCUGUGUAGUAUCCAUCGCAUUGCAAUAAUUCUCUUAUUUCACCAAACUGUAGUUUGCCUGUGUACGCGUUAUGUCGCUUUGUUCAACUACUUUUGCGAUUUGUGUGAGUAGCCUAAUAAAUCUUUUGUUGUUGGCCUAACACUGUGAAGGCCUUGAGGAAUCCAGUCCUUUGUCUGUCCACCUAGUUGGGCCAAGUCCCAUCUUCUGACCUGCUUAUGUUUCUUUUCAUUGUUCAUAUCUCAGUCUCAUUACCCCAUUUGUUGUCCAUUUUAUUAUUUUAUCCUAAAUCUGUCAUAUUAUCAGCCUUCCGGACGUGACAUCCUUCUUUAAACCUGGCCAGCCUAUUUUAUUUUCUCCCCUUCUCUGGUUUCACAUUGAAGUUGUGUUUCUCAGUGAAGGUCUAAGGAUGAUGGUGAAUGGCUAGGCUGGGGUUGUUACAUCUUCCCUAAAUGUCAUACAUAACCUGUUUUCUUGUGGUUUAUUUUGUUACAGUACAUACUUCAUACAUCAUCUGCUGAUUGCUUUCGAAACAGAGUUUUCUGUGGCUCUAAACAAACAUGACAUACAACUGAGGAUUGUUAAACCUGUUUAAAGAUGACACAUACUACUAAAUGGCAUGCAGAUUAACAUGUCUUUGUGACAUCAUUGUGAUACUACCAGGAUAAAUAACAUGCUAUGAUAUUAUACGACGCUACCCCAAAUACAGUUCCUCGAUUUAAGUAAAUAUUGCAGAAAGAGGCGCCCAAGAUUUGUAGUAUUUGAUCCUGGAUUUCAAGCUAUUCAAAUCCUAAAGAAUCAAACAGAAUUUGGAAAUAAAACAAACAGAGAGAGCUGAAACAGAAGCAGAAAUUAAAGAUCAAAGAAUCAUGGAAAUAACAUGAUGCUACACCAUGUAUGAAUUUGUAGAUUUUUACAUAUUUCUCUCAGGUAUCACAUGUACGUUUUUAAACACAAAACACAAUUCAUGUUAUCCAGUGGCUCCAAUGAGACAUUGUUUACUCUGAUGGGCUUUCUCCUCUUUGUCUGGCAAACAAUUGACAGAAGUCAUAAUACACACAAUAAACACCCUGAUGUUUCCAGAUCACAAUGGGAAUGCACUAAUGUCAUUAAUUGGUAUGUAAAAACGCAUGACACACAUGCGUGUACACACACACUCACAACAGAGCGGAAUAAAAAAAACACUAUCCCGGUCUAUCAUGUCAAAAAUCUUUAUGUUGUGUGACACAUGGUAUUGUUGUCUAUUGUUCAUCAACAGAGGACGUAUAUACAUGGAUGAACAGCUAGAUAGUGGAAUAGCUAAGAAUACAAAUAGGGAAAUAGAAAAUAUAAUAAAAAUACCAUUAGUUGUUGAUGUCGAUGUCCAGUGUUGUUGUUAUGUUAGUGGAUAGCAGUAGGUCCAAAUCAACCAUCAACCAUCAAGCAUCUGUAGCCUACUCUAUAAAGAGAAUAGAAAACAUUAUUAAUUAAAUCAUAUUAAAACAUUGUUAUAACAUCUAUAAAGGCCAGACAAACCAUAAUGAAUAUUUCUAUUCUCCCUCUGUGUUGUAGGCUACUGUGGGCUAACUGUUGUAUAAGGUGCCCUGGAAGGGACAUAUUAAAUGCCUGAACAAAUCUUAAUUCUAUAGUUUUUAAAAAUAGUUUUAAUGUUCUGUAAUUUGGUUUUUAAAUGUAAUAUACCUACAAAGUAAUGAAAAUACUAGGCUGCCGUAUGUAUCAUUAGUGACUUUGUGGAAAGUACAUUAAAGGGACAGUUCACUCCAAAAUCAAUGCUGUUGAGUUUUUCAAAUGCAUUUUUUAAAUAAUAAAUAGCACUACAGGUAAGAGGGCAUUUUAAGGUGAACUGUCCCUUUAACAAUGUCUCAAAAUGUCAGUAUGACUCACUUUGAGGGGGGCUGCAGUUUUCGUCUUGCAGUUUUGUGACAAGUUUCCUGUUCAGUUAGCAUUUGUAGGGAAUAGCCUUUUAUUCUGAAGGAUUUGAGUCCGGAAGUCUUAUUGCUGUUGCUGCUGGUGGGCACGAGCAAUUAAAUGCCCACUGUAUUUCCCGGGAUAGCGCUAAACUUUUUUUGGGAUAACACAAGUUUUGCCAAAAUGAAGUUAUUUGUUUUCAGCAUCUUCUGUGUGUUUCUUCAAGUCAGUCACCAAAAUCCUACGAGCCACUGGACUCUGCUGCCCCACAUUUUGGUUGUGGAGGUGGACGGCACUUUGGGCCAGCAGCAGGUGAGCUGCCUGAAGUCACCAGAGGAGCUUACAAGGAGAGACAACAAGAGUCAGGAUAUUUUUUGGAAGAAGAACGGAGUGGAGGAAGCACAGAAAGGAAACUCAUAUGUGGUGCAGCUGGAGGAAAGCUUAGGAGGGGGCAACUACACCUGCCACAGCGAGGACGGAUCCCUCCUCAAUCACACUGUGGUGCUGAUCCAAGAGGAAGAAACUAACAGGAGGAAGAUUCUUGUGAAAUCUGACCAAGAGGACUAUUUAAAGUGCUCUGCUCAAAAUUACAACGGAGAGUUCCACUGCUCUUGGACCUGGCACAGCAGUCGCGUUGGCAAAGUAGCAUUUAUCAAAGUUCAACGGGUGUCUGGCAACACUGACGCCCAGUGUUCUGUGGAUACCAGCGGUCAGCGUUGGACAUGCUCUUCAGGUCAGAGACACUUCAGCUGUUCAUUGGACGACAGCGGACGCAGCAUCUUGUGCUGGGACGAGCAGCACUGCCCCUACGCUGAGGAGAGUCAGCUGAUCCACAUCACUGUCUACGUGAGGACUGAACACUUCCUGGUGGAAAGCUACUCGAAACACUUUUACCUGUCAGAGAUAGUGAAACCUGACAAGGUAAUGAUCAGUAAAGUCAACACAACGAUAAUAGAGUGGAGUUACCCGAGCUCCUGGAACAGUCCCUUCUCCUACUUCCCCCUCACUUUCCAGAUUGCACAGCUCAAGAACGGAUGCAAUGGGUGUAACAACCCAUGCACUGACUCAAAAGCCACAAAGAGCUUGACAGUCCACUCCACAGACAUUUGUCAGUUUGAAGUCAAACACAAGGCUAAGGCCGUCUGUGUCCGAGCUAAGGAUGCUCUCUGUAACUCACAAUGGAGUGAGUGGAGCCACUUAAGAUUGAAGAACAAGAAGAACAAAAAGAACAAACGUCAGCAAAAAAUAAAACUGAGCAUAACAUAAGAAGGAUAAUCCCAAAACUGGACAUCUAAAAAAAAUAAAGUAUUUAUAUGCUUUUAUAUAUUUCUGUUUACAUGGUGUUUGUAAUAUGUAACUAUUCUUAAUAAGUGAAGAAAUAAAAUGAAAAUUAACACAA